AUGCCUCUCGUUAAACCGCCUAGAUUGUUAUUGUUAGGAGCACCAGGAUCCGGGAAAGGUACUCAAACAACUAAGUUAUUGCUCCAGUUUCCAAAAAUAAACUCAUUAUCAUCUGGAGAUAUUUUGAGAAAUCAGAUAAACUCGGGCACUAGUAUUGGCCUCGAGGCAUCUAAGUAUAUCAAAAAUGGUAAAUUAGUUCCAGAUACAACGAUGGUGAGAUUAAUUACCAAACAGUUACACGAGAUGGAUUGGUUAGACAAAAAAGCUGCUUGGUUAUUAGAUGGAUUUCCCCGUACGUCAAACCAGGCUGUUGCAUUAGACAACACGUUGCAUACAAAUAAUUCCAAUAUAAACAUGGUUGUUGAAUUGGAUGUGGAUCAAAAGGUCAUUUUGGAAAGAAUAGAGGCUAGGUGGGUGCAUGUUCCCAGUGGUAGAGUUUAUAAUUUAGACUACAAUCCACCAAGGGUGCCUUUCAAAGAUGAUAUCACAGGUGAGCCAUUAUCAAAACGUGAAGAUGACACAGCAGAAGUGUUUCAAAAAAGAUUAGAUCAAUAUAAUAAGGAGAUUGGUUCAUUGAAGGAUUUCUACAAUAAUAAAGAUGUCUUGUACAAAGUUAGCGGUUCUACAUCUGAUGUCAUAUUCCCUAAGUUGUCUAAUUUGAUAUUGCAAAACUUUGGGGUCUAA